AUGGAGCGAAUCAAAAACACACCAGAUGAGACUCCCCGUAAUGAUGAUAAGUCGACUAUAGCUAGAGUCAUCGACAAUGAAUUGGUCAAAUCCUGUCCGUCGAACUGGAGAUUUGAUAUUCUCUGUGCGCCGAGGCCAAGAGCACGAAGUCGACUGAACGACAGCGGAUUUUUUGAACGGGAUACGACAUCUACAGUGCAAGAAUGCAGCGACAACACUGUACCUGAUGUGUCUGAAGACUGGGCCGCAGUAGCAUAUUACUCAGAUGAAAUCUUUUCGUAUCUUUAUGCGCUGGAGGAGCAAUUCCUCUUGCCGAAAAACUUUGUCGAACAUCAAGCUGAAGUUACUUAUGAAUCCAGAGCUGUUUUGGUAGAUUGGCUCAUUCAGGUACAUGGUUUCUAUAACUUUCCACUGGAUUGUCUCUACCUAAUGAUCGGUUUGCUGGACCGUCACAUUAGUCUCCAUCACGUACCGCUGGUCAAUUUCCAGCUUCUUGGGAUGGGAUGUCUUCUGGUCGCCUGUAAAUACGAAGAUCGCUUUGUUCCACGUCACGUCGACCUUAUUGCCAUGGCAGAGCAGGCAUUUUCUGCCAAAGAACUCACUCAAAUGGAGAAACGUAUUUUGGAAACGCUAAACUACAAUCUGUGCCUACCCCUACCAAGUCACUUUCUACGACGUUUUGCAAGAGCGGCCUUUUGUGACUCAGAAACUUAUACCUUGGCAAAGUUCCUUCUGGAAAUUUCCCUACUUGAUUUGGUCCUAGUGACAUACAAACCUUCCUUGGUGGCUGCGUGUGCGUUCUGCYUUGCCAGUAGUCUAGCUUUGGAAAAUGAACAAUUAUCAGAUUCAGUACCAGGCUGUUCCUACACGCUCGACAAACUUCGACCUUGUGCUGUUGGUCUUGCCAAAUUGUUGAAAACCACCGAGUCGAUUGGAUGCAAGGUAAAAUACUCGCAUGGACUCCAUGAUUUAUAUGCGGAAUAG